UAACAGGUUUCGAAAUGUUUGUAAGAGCGAGUCUGUUUGCAAAGUGCGAUUCGCACGUGUGUGUGUUUAAUUAGCGCGUGCGUGCGCGCUUGCGCGAGCGAUGCGCUGACCGCUCUCCAGCAGUCGCGUCUCCUCCGCUCGCGUGCAGGUGUCACAUUCCUCGGAUGCUCGCGAUCAUUUGAACCCGGGACCCUAUCAUCAUGACGGACCCCUCCUCUGCUGCUGACCCCACUGCUGGUCCUGCAGACCCCGGUCCUGCUUCUGCUCCGGAUCCAGCGGUGUUGGGUUCAGCGUCGACUCCUGCGAACGGACACCAGCCGAGCCAAGCAGACACUUUCAACAUGGAGCAGCAGAUGAAAAUAGGAGAGCCGGACGACAACGGGCUCCUGGAGAGCAGUAUGCGUCUGAAACCCCACGAGGCUCAGAGUUACAGAAAAAAGGCAUUAUGGGUAUCGUGGGUCUCCAUUGUGGUGACGAUGAUCUUAGCCAUCGCUGCGUUCACUGUUUCUAUAAUGCGGCAUAGUGCAUCAGCGUUUGGGUUUGCUUUUGAUGCCACUCUGGACGUCCUGUCAUCCAUAAUCGUGAUUUGGCGAUACAGUAAUGCGGCGGCUGUCCAUUCAGCACACAGAGAAUACAUAGCAUGUGUCAUUCUCGGGGUCGUGUUCAUCUUGUCGGCCAUCACUAUCCUGGUCAAAGCCAUCCAUGACCUCGCCACAAAACUGCAACCAGAAGUGGAUGACUUCCUGUACAGCGUCUCCAUUGUCAGCGGGAUUGUGUGCGCUAUUCUGUCCGUCUGUAAGUUCAUGCUGGGGAAAGUCCUCACCAGCAGGGCCCUCAUCACCGACGGUUUUAACUCUCUAGUCGGCGCCAUCAUGGGAUUCUCCAUCCUCGUCAGCGCCGAGGUGUUUAAACACGAACCUAAAGUCUGGUACCUGGACGGGACUAUGGGGGUUCUGAUCGGACUGAUAAUUCUCGCAUACGGAGUCAAGUUGUUAAAGGACAUGGCGCCCCGCGUCAGGCAGACGAGACAUUACGAGCGCUUCGAGUAGCGGUUCUGAUUCUGGAAGACUCAACACACACAGAAACACUCCUGUGGAGAUUCUCCUGAGAGGAAAACACAACAUAACACACAACACACACACUUUACCUGCCUCAGGGCAAACGCAGCCACAAACCUCCCCUGUAAAUAUGGAUCUGAAAGGGAAAACUGAGAAUUAAAUAUAUAAAAUGUGUUUUAUCGUAUCGUUUGAGAUGGAAAUGAGCUAAGAUACAUUUCAGAAUGUAUAUCAUCUGAUAUUGAAACCCAAGAUUCAUCACAUUGAGUAAUAUUAUGGGUAUCCAUAUAAUGGGUGAGAGACAUUUUUAGAUAUGAUUUGUGCAGGUUAUUACAAAUAUAAAUGUCCAGGUUAGGAGGGAAGAGGUUUAUCAGGUAAACUUUACACAGUUUGUCGUUUUUGUCUAGUUUGUUUAAGUUGAUAUUUAUUUUAGUAGUUCUUUAGUAAAAAAGUUUGUUGCAUCUGUGAAAACCUGUACAAUUUUUACAUGAAAAAUUAUAAAAUAGAUUAAAUUAACACAAGCACAUAUGAUUUCAAAAGUUCUCAUAUUUGAAAUUUCAAUAAAAUUUCACAGUGGAAAAGCCAAAUAUAUGAUAUAAAGACAAGUAUAGAUCACUCUGAAAGUGUACAAAUUGAAGUCAUGCCAAAACAAUUUGACUAAAAUGUCAAAUUAAUAAUUUGAAGAGGUGCUAAAAUUUGUAGAUAAUGAGUUGUUCUCUUAAAGAGGACCUUGUUGAAACUUUAAUUUGUCUUUUUUCCUUGUUAAAACGUGCCAUUGAAUCAUCUACAUGAUCUUUAAAGUAUAUGAUUCAUCAAACAGGGCAUUUUCAUAUCUAAUACAAUUGUAACAUACUCAAAACAUAACACAUGACGAAACUUUCAGUACUUAAAGAGCACUAGUCUAAGUCUUCAAAUCAAUUGCUACCAUUAAACCGCUUCAUUUGCUAGACCUAAAUAAUGUAAUUAUGUAAUUUCAUCUUUCGCACUCCAUUGAAACAGUAAAACUCUGUGAAGUUCAUUUGUUAUAGCUUGAUCCAGCCUUGCGUAGAGCUUUUGGUGAAACUUGUACUUAUUAAAUGGCUCACGAGCGUUACUCGCACAGUAACAAAGCCUUAAAAACUUGACCCUUCAUGAUGUGAAGUUAUAUGUUCUUAAGUAUUAGACUGUUGUAAUAUUUGCCACGAAAUUUGGCCGUUUAAAUGUGUAUUUGGGAAAAGCCAAGUUUCUGAGCAUUUUAUGUAGCAAAUAUAUCGAAGCUCCAUGGAGCAGUUGGACGUAACGGUGACGUUACAGACCGUCCGAUCGCGUAUGUGCUAUUCAGUGGCAGUUCGUAGUGUGAUUGUCGGUGAAAAGCAACGUUUGUGCUUUUGGAGAAGUGUAUGACUAAUGCUGUUUUUUUCAGGUGUGUGGUCGAAUUCAACGCUCUGUUCUUAAUUGAUAUGUUAAAUACCUUGAGUCCUUGUCGGAGGGACUAGACACAAGCACACACCCCUGCAAAUGGGACUUUCGUUUGUACAGAUUAUAAAACCACAUGUAGACGUGUGCUUAGGACUUAAAAGAGUAAUUCACCCAAACAUUUAAAUUGCUGAGCAUUUACUCACCCUCAGGACAUCCAAGAUGUAGUUUGUUUCUUCAUCAGAACAGAUUUGGAGAAAUUUAGCAUCACUUGCUCACCAAUGGAUCCUUUGCAGUGA